GGGUGAACACAUGUAAUUCCAGAAAAACUAUAUCAAGGAAGAAACUAUUGAGCGGAUGCGGCUGGACGAGGAGGUUCUUAUGGAUUUCUUUAGGGAGUAUAUAAGUGCAUCUAAAGUGGAGAGCAGAAUCAGAAUAAUGAGCGAUCUGAGAGAACUUGCGUCCGCAGAGAGUCUGGAUGCAUUUACCCUCGUGUACUCAAACAUUCUUGAGCACCAGCCUGACUGCCCGGCUGAGGUCGUGGAGAAGCUUGUGGGACUGCGUGAAGGUAUACCACGGAAGGACACGAAAGAGGUGGUGCAAGAGUGCAGAGAAAUAUAUGAGAACACCCUUGUAGAUGGUAAUCCUCCAAAGACAGGAUUUGUAUUCCCAAGAGUCAAGUGCUUAGCUGCUAACAAAGGAUCUCUCUGGCGAAAACUCACUUAGGUCAAAUGAGUUUCUAUGAUCGGUAAAACAGCGUUCAGAGUUUGCGGCCCCAGCACUACUGUUUUUUUUGUUAGGAUGAUGUUAUGUUUCUUCUCCAAAUUAUGGCGUUUGCGUCCUGUGUCUUCUUUUUUUGCAUUGGUAUCCUUUUGCUCUCUGUAAAUUCUGUGUUUUCUCAAUUUUUGGUUUUAACCUUUUUUAUACCUGGAUUGAAAGUUGAAACGUUCGGUUGCCACUUUGCAGUAGAAUAUUAAUCCGUUGUAUUUAGGAAAGCAUAUCUUGUCUUAAUCAGUUCUAUUGUUUCA